UUUAAAAAAAUUAAAUUCGGAUGACAGUUUUUCUUAAGUCUCAUGUUAUACCAUGAUCGAAUUGCGCAAAAUCUGCAAACGUUCCAUGCUUCAAAAGCAUUAGUUCCUUCAAAUGCUUAGUUGGAUGUGUACUUUAAAAAUCACUUUGUGAUCUGUUACAUUCAUUUUGAGGAAAGGAUAUUUCGAACUCAAUUAGAAUUUUAGAACUUUAUACUUCCGUAAUUUAAUAUUUUGUUAAGAAGCACUGAAACUGCAGUUGCUCCAACUCUUAUAGUUAAUCUGAAAUAAACCAUUGUUUUAAACUACUUGAACUGUAUACCAAUUUAAAAAAGUGUAUCGUCAAAAUAUCAUAGCUGAUACAUGUUUUGAAUAUGUAGAAAAUGAGUAUCUCCAUUUAUCUUCGAAAAUUCUUCUCAUGUACUUUGUUUUAUGCCAGGAAUAUGCAUUGAAAUCAGCCCACGCUGAUGUACCAGAUCAUUGACAACGGAGGAAAAGAGACAACCCCCUGAUGAACAGUGAGCAUGGAUUGAGGUUUGUCGAUAUUCCUACUUCCUCAGUGCUUCUGAGCUUUAGUCUGGAUACGCGUUUUGAGUUAUGUCUCUACAAUCAAAUGCGGCAAACAAGUAUUUUCAAUUUGUCCAGGCUUCCUGUUUUAUAAUAGCUAGUUUAAGGUACGAAAAGGAAUUAUUUUUAAUGGAGUCAUCAAAUCGCUAUAUUCUACUAUUUUUACUUCUUGCUCAAUUAAUAGCGGGUGUUAACCAAGGAAGAAAUAAUUUGAAUUUAGAAAACUCUGUUAAUAGCAAUCAAGCAUUAUUAACCGACGAUUUGAAAUUGGCAAAUUUUUACCGACACACAACAGGAGGAAAUGAGGUCCUUAAACUGAAAGCCAGAACCACCAUUCUUCCUUCCAGCAGGAAAGAGGAGCCUUCUGUAGUACAUGAAAAUGCAUCUCUGUGUGCACCCUGGGAUUCCUGCAAAUCUCGUUGUGGUGAAAAACCUCGCGGAUUACCUUACACGUGUAACUGUGAUAACCAGUGCUCUUUUUACUUGGACUGUUGCUUGGAUUACCAAACUGUAUGUUUUGCUAACAAGACAGCCGAUAACGGUAAACCCAGAAGGAAGUCAGACACAAAACCUAAAUGCGAGCUUUUGUUACACUCCUUCCCAACAUUCAUGAUAUCAAGUUGUUCGAAACGGCAUGAAGGUACAUCAUUAGAAGAACUGUGUAACAUUCGAAUUCCUCUUCAGUGUACUUUGACCGAUCAUAUGAACGAAUAUAGCGAAAGCGAUAGAUACCACCAUUGCAAAGAUUUAGUUUAUGUGGACUGUGUGAAAAGGUUUAGUUCUAAAUGUGACAAAACUGUCGAACCAUGGUGUGUGACUGUCAUUAAAAAGCAGUGCAACAGAGCAUCUGCUAAGACUUGUCUGAGGUGCAAACGUAAUUUUUGGCCGGUCGUUUCUCUUGAUGGACUUUUGUAUCGAAAUUCUUAUUGUGCACUUUGCAACUCUAUAAAUAGUUACACUGUCUUAAACCUUUAUAACAUUAGUCAAAUGUUGCAGUCUGUUGAUCACGAUAUCUGGAAUACAGGAAUGUCUUCUAAUGAUAUAUUUAGGAAUUGCUUGCCGUCUAUUAUCGACACUUGUUCUGAAAAAUAUGAGUUUAAUAACACUUUUCAUGCUUUAUGCUCUAAUAGUUCUGGAUUUGUAAUCGUCAGUGGAGGAAACGAGGACAAGAAUGUUUUGUAUAAAAACUUGUAUUGCGCAAUUUGUAAUGGCAACAGCAUUGAAGAAUUAGCAUGCCCACCAUGGUUGUUGAACUCAACCAGAGCUUCUCCCUUACUGCGUGGAAUCAUUCCGCUUGUGGAUUUUGUGACGGGCGAUGUCCAAGGAUUGAGAUUAGAUGAUAUUCCGGCUGCUUUCUCAUUGCUACUGAACUUUGGUUUAGAUGGGCGAGAAAAAAUUUAUAUCUCUUCUGAAAGUGUAAAAAAAAUGAAGGAAGACCAGAAACGUUGUAAAAAACAUGAUAUGUGGGAUCCCUUCAGUCAAAUAUGUAGAAAAAUUCAUUGCAGUGCAGAGUUUCGUCUUGUCAAUUAUCGUUGUGUGAAAAAAGAUGGACUAGACACGGAAACGCAUAAACGAAACGAAACAGUUCUUAUCCCAGACGCUAAGGCACAGUUUGUUCAUCUGACACUUAGCGCAGAGAUUGAAGUAUGGGACUUCCUGCAAUACAAAGGAUUCAUUUCAGAAGACAUCGAUUCCAUGACUGACAGCUUACAUGAAUCCCUUUCCUCUUCUUUUAAUAUAAGUAAAGAACGAAUAAGGAAUGUUAAAAUUAAUAUAUCCCUGGGAAAUUUCACUAACUCUAAGGAAAUGGUGCGGUUCCUUGAAAUAAUGGAGGAUUCUCAUCCAGUCAUUUUAAUAAUAGACUUUGACUUGUAUGAAUGUAUGUCAAAAAAUAUUACAAAUUCUGGACCUUCUGUAGAUAGCAUUGUGUCGAUGCUUGCUUCUGCGAUUUCCCUUAACGGUUUUGAACUAGGAAUAAACAAUAUGACAAGUAGGAUAUUUGAGAUCCACGAAACAGUUGAUUUUCUAACGUCUUGGUGCCUACCUGAACAUGGGGGCGAACAAAAGGAGUACCUGAACUCAGAUUUCACACUUAUUCUGAACGAGAAUGCUUCUUUUAGUGAUGAAAAUAAAAUCAUAGGUAUAUAUAUCAACAAAACAAACAAAUAUUAUCGUAAAGGUCAAUUUGUAGUAGAUAUUUUAUACAAAGGUCUCCAAUUUGAUCAGAAGCUAGUUAAUGUGAGCGGUAUGGCCAUAGUAUGUGACCAAAAGGCGAAACUGAAUGAAUCGUGCGCAAGAGUUCUACUUGAAAAGCAUGAAUAUAGUAUUUCUGAAAACGGUUCAUUUUUUAUGCAUAACUCGAGCCUUAGUGAAAGCAUGAUAGAUGAUACGGUAUAUGAGUACGCAGAAAACGACAGCGUUUAUGUGUGUCUUCGAUCUCCGGCAACAAUAGAAGAAGAUGAAAGCUAUUCUUUAGAUAUGGACAUUGUUCAAGCAUAUGUCAGCUUUGUACUCUCAUGGGUUUCAGUUGCUGCCAUGGCUAUUGUACUGUUGACGUACUGUGUAUAUUCUUCCCUUCGAAACCUUCCUGGCUGCAACACUAUGAAUUUGACAUUCUCGUUGUUGGCGAUGCAGAUUACAUUUCUUUUUGGCCAGCGUAAUAAUGUGAUAGGAGACGCGUGCAAAGUUGUUGCACAUAUCUUACAUUACGAGAUACUUUGUUGCUUUAUGUGGAUGAAUGUUAUGGCAUACGACUUAUUCCGAACAUUUGGUAACAAAACAUUGUUAAACAAUAUUCGAAGUAAAGGGAAAUAUGUUCCACGAUAUAUGGCUUACGCCUACGGCACUCCAGUCAUAGUUAUAGCGAUUACGUCUUUGCUGGAUAAUUUUUUAAGUGAAUCGAAUUUUUCUCCUCGUUACGGUAGGAACAAUGUAUGCUGGAUCACCAACAAAGAUGCUGCAAUUGUUUUUUUCGCAUUACCAUUAGCUUUAAUCAUGUGCAUAAAUUUCUGUUUUUAUAUGUUGACAAUACUUUCUAUAAGAAAUGUAAAACAUGUGCUCUAUCUCAGUGAUGAAAAGAGCAGGCAGAGAGGUAAAAGCGAUGUAUUUCUGUACGUAAGAAUGGCUGUAGUACUUGGACUAACAUGGGCUUUGGCUUUUGCUGCAGCAUACGUAAAACAAGAUAGGUUAACAGGUCAAAUAUUAACAUAUCUUUUCAUAAUAUUCAAUACUUUGCAAGGAGUUUUCAUUUUUAUCGUGUUCGUUUGUAACCGCAGAGUGUUUAAAUUAUACAGAGAUUCCUUCAGAGAACUGAUGACAAAGAUUUCCAAAAAUUCGGCGAGUGGUAAAGCUUCUCAAACCCUCUUCAGAAUAGCGAAUGUUAUGAAACGCAGUGUCUCUUCCGAUACUGUAGUAUCAACUGUAUCGAAUUCCAGUACUAAUUCAAAUGAUUCUACUUUAAAAGUUAUCAAAGAAGCCGAGUAAAGGAAAUAGUGAGCUUUUUAUAAAUUUCUGUGGAAAGGUAGAUAGUAUCCAGUUUGUAGAAGUUUCCGUUAACAGUACAGUUUUUUUUUUUUUUUUUCCUGAAUCAAAAAACUUUUUUAGAGACUGAACACUUGAAGAUCUGAAUUUAAAACUGUAAAUAUUUUCUGUAUAUAUAGUUAGCUGUAUGUGACGUUACUAUAUGCUUAAAUAUUUUUCUGUAGAAAAGUGAAUGAAAAACUAUAUUCUAGAGUAUUUCUGCAUUCAGUUUACAGUAAUUUUUGUUUAAAAUGAUAUAGUACAGUGAUUGAAUUCAUUUCAUUUGUAGAUAAAAUUGAGAAAUUUAUAAAAUAUUCUCUAUGCGCUUAUAAACUUUUAUAUCUUACAAUGAAAUUUUCUUAGCUACUUAUAUCUUAGUUUUGUGUUAGAUUCGCUAAAUAUAUUUAAUACAAUUUAAAAGGCCUAAAUUCUCUAAACUUUAAAUGAAUAUUUUCUUAAAAUAAGAAUUUAAUUUCUAAUAAAUGUCAGAAUUUUUUAAACAAUUUUUUACUUUAAGAAUGCAUUCCUACGAUAUUUGAUAGAUAUAUAAUUAAUCAUUUAUACAACUUCCUUUAAUGCAAUUUUUUUUUUUUUUUUUUUGCUGUCAACUUCCAAACAGCAAAACAUAUUUGAGAAAACAUGCAAAAUACAUAACUGAAUUUCCAUUAGCAGAAAACCGGAAAAAUUCUGUUUGCCUAGGAAGUUAUUUUAUGCUAUGUUAAAUAAAUACAUAUAAUAAUAAUAAAAAUAAAUAAAGAACAAAAUUAAAUAACUAUAUAUAUAUAUAAAAUAAGGGAAAUUUAUUUGGAAGUGAACAAAGGUAAACCUGUAUAUCUAGCGCCUGUCAUAGAUAGUUAAGGAGAGUACAAGUAUUUAUUUUAUUUCAAAUACAUAUAAGGUCUUAUGCAUUUUAAUUAACAGGCAAAAAAUUUUGUUAUUAAAUUUAUACAAAGUAUAGUAUAUAUUUUCUAAAUAUAUUUUCUUGUAGUAAAUUGUAUUGAAAUUAUAUGUAUACUGUAUAUAUGUACAUAAUGCAUAGAGUGUUUGAAAGCAAAGUUCUAUUUUUCUAAAUGAUCGAUCUUAGACGUUUAGAGUAGAAUUCCAGCUAUUCAGAUUCAAAAUAUCUACAUCUCUGUUCUUUCAGAUAUCGUUUUUCCUUGUGUUUUCGAUCAGUGGAAAAUUGUGAAUUUACUAUAUACAUGCUUUUAAACUUUUGCUUGGCAUUAUAAAGUGUAAAAAGCUAAUAAAAUACAGUACACCUUUUUAAGAAGCUGUUAAAUUUUUUUAAUGAAUGUAUAUGACACGAAUCCAUUAAUCUACAACGUUUAGCAAAUAUGUAUUCUAUAAAAUAUUAGUGUCAAAGAUGUUAUAUAUUGUUCUAUUGUACUUUAUUUAAAUUGAGAGUU